GUGCAUCUCCCCACUCAUCUCUGGUUAAAUAUUUCCUGAUUGACACCCCUGUUUAAAGGUAUAAAGGACAGAAAGUAAAUAAGGUCGUACCAGAAUAAGUGAUACAUAUUUCUAAAUAGAUGUAUAUGCAUGGUAAAUAACGCAACAAUCUGAUAAGCAUGAGAUUAUGCUCAACAAUUAUCUCUAUAUUCUUCACACAUCUGGCAUAUCUCUAUGAAGAGGAAGCCAUAAGGAACAGAACAAGAAAAUUCUUUAUACAUAUUGUCUUUAGAGAGUAAUACAUCCAAAGUAGAUACUAUAAUUGUCCAAAAUAAGAAACCAAUUCUUAACUAAAUAUAAUAUGGACCAAGUUGGAGAGACUGUGCAAAAUCAAAACUUAAAGGGAUUUAAUCUUUUCUUGGUGAUUACUGAAUUAGUUGGCGCAUUACUAAUCCUUCUGGUAAUAAUAUGGACAUGGUACUUUCGUGGUGGUUUUGCAUGGACAUCGGAUAGUGGUCUUCAAUUUAACUGGCAUCCCUUAUUAAUGACGAUUGGACUUGUUUUUCUAUAUGCAAAUGCUAUGUUGAUAUAUAGGACACAAAGAAAUGUCUGUAAGAGACGCCUAAAGCUUCUUCACGCUGGGAUAAUGACAGUUAUUCUGAUACUGACUACUUUAGCUCUAAUUGCUGUUUUUGACAGUCAUAAUUAUGCUAAGCCUAUUCCAAUUCCUAAUAUGUAUUCGCUGCACAGUUGGAUUGGUUUAUCUAGUGUGAUCUUAUUCAGCUGUCAGUUGGUUACAGGAUGUAUAUCCUAUUUGUAUCCUGGAUUACAAACACAUUUCCGCUCAGCUUAUAUGCCUAUUCACAUAUAUUUUGGAGCAGCUGGAUUUGUUGGAGUAAUUGCAGCUUGCUUAAUUGGUCUCAAUGAAAAAGCAAUAUUUAGUAUAAGUGAAUAUAAACAACUUCCAGUUGAAGGUGUACUUGUUAAUGUCAUUGGAUUACUCUUUAUGCUCUUUGGUGGACUUUCUGUGUACCUGGUUUCUCAGAAUCGUUACAAGCGACUUCCGAAACCAGAAGAUGAGGUUCUAUUAUCUGGUAGAAACGAGUAAAUCGUUUCAUGUAACACGUUUUCGUAUUUAUAUUGCUAUACACUAGACUUAUCAGCACCUUUGUGGUCUCUAUUGAAAUUCCUUUCUGAUGCUUUAGUACCCACACAGCAUUUGAUAUCCAUAGGAUAUCCUAAUUUGGCUGUCAGUAUCCACAGGAUAUCUAGAAGAUAUUCUCAAUAUCUAAAUUGAUAUCUAUAAGAUAUCCAAAGUUCUCACUUGUGGAUAUUCUGUGGAUAUUCUGUAAUCUCUGUGGAAAUCCAUACAUUUUUGAAAUACAUGUAUCAGAAACGAUAAUGCAUCUUAAAUAUGAAAUUAAUAGAUGGCAAGGUCAUUAAGUAGUUUGUUCUGCAUUGACAUAUCUUUAGAAGAAUGGAAAUCGUAUCAAAAGAACCUUACUUUCCAGUUAAACAUCUUGUACAUCAAGUUUUACAUCGUCAUAUGAAAGUUUCACUAUUCGUUGGCACUAGCGGAAUAUUAUCGGAUUGACCAAUAGUAUAGCUUUGUGAGGUCCUUAAUUGGUUACUCUCUGACCAUUUAUCCUUUCUUAUUUCGUGUUCCUCCGAGUGCCAUGGAGCAGCGUGUGUAUGAACUGAUUGAUCUUAUAUUGUUAUUAAUAUGCUUACUGAAGUAAUUUUUGUAGGAGGUGGCCAUAGUCUAGUCGUUAAGGUAGCGGAUUCACCACCGAAUGGUUCGGGGUUCCCAACCAGCUCCCAAAAAAAAAUAUGACACUUCUAAUGUUUUUGUGAGUAUUAUAUUAAUUUUUUAUUCAUAAAACGCAAACUUCGUAUUAUAAUAAGGCUCAAUAAUUUUUCUAUGCCAACAAAAAAUCCUUAAAUAACCAAUAGUGGGAACUUUGGAUAUCCAGUGGAUAUUCACUUUGGAUAUCUUACGAAUAUAAAAUGCUGUGUGGGAUUGUUAUAAAUUGAUUUCUUAAUUUUCAAAUGAAUUUCUGAAGGUAGCGUGUAGUGUAAUAUACAAAAUCUAUUGACUUUCAUAACAGGAACAAAUUCGUGAGAAUCUUUUUAAGCGCUGAGGAAAUACUAAUAAAGAUAGCCAGCUUUUGUGUAUUUUAUGUCCAAAAAAAAAUAUGCAGCAUAUCGUCCGUGUGUAUGCUCGUUUCAUCGACUAUAAUAUCAUCGACUGAUUUUUGUCAUCAGCAAACCGAAUUUAUUAUUAAAUGAAAUUUAAUAACCGCAAUCAUGAUUCAAUUACAGAAUACACCAUUACUUGUUGUCAAUCACGUCGUAAAUGUAAGAAUUAUGAUUGAUUGAAACUGUACACGAAAGCUUUUGUAUAUAAAAUUCAAGUACGAUAUUA